GCUGCUAGAGUAUCCGGCGCUUCUGAAGGUCGUGUGCCCAAACCUCCGAAGCCCCCAGACAAGCCCCUCAUGCCCUAUAUGCGAUACAGCAGAAAGGUAUGGGAGCAAGUCAAGGCCCAGAACCCUGACCUGAAGCUCUGGGAGAUUGGCAAGAUCAUUGGUCAGAUGUGGAGAGACCUGUCUGAACAGGAAAAGCAAGAGUUUCAAGAUGAAUACGAGGUGGAAAAGGUCCAGUAUACAGAUGCUAUAAAGGCUUACCACAACUCCCCUGCUUACCAGGCUUGGAUUGCUGCUAAAGCUGAGAGAGAGGCUGUUGAUGAAGAUGAGCCUGUAGUUCGACCGGAACGGCCCCCACCGUCUGCUCAGAAACCUGCUUCAAAAAGUGAAGGAUCACGAAUCAGUAUCCUUCCCUCACCAGAUGAUGAAGAUUUGGAAGAUGGUUUCACGACAAAGCACAUCGCCCAGGCUCGCUACCUUCGUAAUCAUCAGCUGAUCAAUGAAAUCUUCAGUGACACUGUCGUGCCAGAUGUCAGGAGUGUGGUCACAGAGACCAGAAUGACAGUACUGAAGAAGCAGGUGCAGUCUCUAACUAUGCACCAGAAAAAGCUGGAAGGAGAGCUGCAGCAGAUAGAAGAGAAGCAUGAGCAGAAGAAGAGAAAGUUCCUGGAAUCCAGUGAAACAUUUCAUCAAGAUCUAAAAAAAUUGUGUGAGAGCAAGCCGCAGAUCACAGAGGACAUGUUUAACAGUAUGGUGGCCAAAGCCGUCAAAGAGGAAUUGAAGCUGAGGCAGCAGCAGCAGCAGGUUCAACAUCAGCAAGAUGAUGACAGAAAAAGGCCUCAUACCCAGGCUCACCAAGAGGCUGAGCAGGCUGUAGGAGACAGAAUUGCUGAGGUUGCUGAAACAGAAGUCACUGCCCCUGAGCCUGUCACUGAGAACAGUGAACCAAUGGACGUAGACCAGAAUGCCAAUGUGACAUCAGCUGAGAUGACACAGAACAAGGAUGUCCUGCCAAAUGUGCCUUCAGUCCCUGAAGUGGAACCACCAACUCUAGAAACAGCUAUUCCUAGUCCUCCUUCUGGAGCAGCCACUGAAGAAGCCGGUACCAGCAUGGCCUUGGAUAAGAGUGGCACAGAAUCUCCAGGCACCCCCAGCACUGUCGGCUCAGAAGCCAAGGUCGGUGAAAACAGUGACCAGGCAGGUGUGAGAUCUUUGGACCAGGAGAAAUCUGACAACUGA